CGUUUUUGCUACAUUUUCUUUCCGUUCCGCUUCCGUCGACACUCGAAAUUCCGCACCAAAUGCAUUUUGUGCACGAUUUUGCUGAUUUCCAUGUGCUUCCAGUUAUGGACCCCAAUUCUUAUCACCGGGAGACGGCUGGAUAGUCAAUUUGAUAAUAUUUAUUGUGCGGAGGAUCCGAGGUUUCAAAAACAUUUUCAACUAAUCAUGGUGCUAGAAGUGAUCACCACUUUCUUUUUACCACUAACUCUCACAAUUUUUGCGGACAUCUCCGUUUUGACGUGGAAAACCAAAAUCACAAUGGUAACUCAAAAUGAGAUAUCGUCAAAGACAAGUGACAUGGGUUCCCGGAAGCAUAGUCACAUCAAAAUUGUCUCGGAAAACUGCUUAAGGAACAGUCUAAAACGGCGAUCCCAUGACAUCAGGAGAUGUCUCAUUUCUGCAACAAUCACUAUGAUUCUAAAUUUCCCAAAUUACAGCUUACAGGUUCUUGACGAAUUUUUCAAUUUACGGGAAAGUGGGUCAAUUGACGUUCGGAGGAUGUUUUUGAGGAUAGACGCUAUUGUCUACAUCAUGUAUCUUCUGCAAUUCCCAAUUGCACCACUUCACAUAUAUAACUUAACAAGAACUGCAAAUCGGAGACAGCCCCGCCAAAGCCACCAAAGUGCUCCAAACUCUGCCAGGCUGGAGCCCAAUGUUCCGCAGCACAUUGCCACAAUUAAUCACGUUUAA